AUAGCCACGUCAUAGCUUGCUACAACAGAGCUCACCGGCGUAAGAAGGAACAAGUCAGAUUCUAACUGAUUAGGUCAGCUCUCGCAAGAGGUACAAUUAUGAAGCUUGUUGUUGUCUCCUGCGGAGUUGCUCUUCUGGUAGCGAUGUCUUCUGCCACACCCUCUGUAAGUUCUUUUUCUACUUCCUCCAUUGGAGGAGGUGGUAGUAGAGGGUACGGAUCUUCUGGAGGAGGUAGUGGUGGCCACACCUCUUCUGGAGGAGGUUAUGGGUCGUCUGGAGGAGGAGGAGGAGGAGGAGGCUACAGUUCUUCUUCAUCUGGAGGGUAUAGUUCUUCUGGAGGAAGUAGUGGCUAUGGGUCGUCUGGAGGAGGAGGCUACAGCUCUUCAUCUGGAGGAUAUGGGGGAGCUACCUCUCACUCCACUUUCACCCUUGGGGCACCCCAAGGAAGAUAUGGAAGCAGCGUAGGAAGUGGCUAUAAUGGUGGCUCCAUUAGCAGUUUGGGCCUCAGCUCCAGUGGCGGGUACUCAGAAGGACCCACUGGAGAUAGUUUCGGUGGCAGUUCCAUUGGUGGAGGUUUUGGAAGCGGCUUCAUCGGAGGAGGUUUAGGAGGAAGCUCCAUUGGAGGUUAUGAUGACGGUUCUAUUGGAGGAAGCUUUGGAGGAAGCUCCAUUGGAGGUUAUGAUGGUUCUAUCGGAGGAAGCUUUGGAGGAAGCUCCAUUGGAGGUUAUAAUGAUGGUUCUAUUGGUGGAGGUUUAGGAGGAAGUUCCAUUGGAGGUUUCGGAGGCAGCUCCAUUGGAGGUUUGAGUGAAGGCUUAAAUGGAGGAAGUUACAGUGGAAGCUCAAUUGGAGGAAGUUACAGUGGAAGCUCAAUUGGAGGAAGUUACAGUGGAAGCUCAAUUGGAGGUUUCAGCAGUGGCUCUUUUGGAAGUGGUUACAGCAACGGCCAAAGUGGAAUUGCUACAAGUGUCUCCUAUGGGAAAUAAAUCAAAGACCUACACUUGUAUACAGACACAAUGAACAGGGUAAUCUUUUCCCUGGAGUAAUCUUUUGAUAAAUUUCCUUUCAUACGUUUUGUACCACACACCAGUUAGUUUAAUAUGUUUAUUAUGCACCCCAUACCCAUCCUGUGGGCGGUAGUCAAAAGAUUACAGAGGUACAUAAUUGGUCCAGGGACUGGACUCCAAAGUUUUGAUAGCUGAGCAAGUUACAGAGGUAAUGAACUCACAAUUUACAAAGGUAAUGAACUCACGUUUUUGCACCCAUGUAACAAUUUAUAAUAAUGUCCAUAUAAGCACCUGCUGUAUAAAAAAUAUUCUAAAUAUAAAAAUUUAUGAGGUUGACAGUAUGACAUCACAAUGUGUUCAUAGAUGAAUUUUGGUCGACUCAGCCAUUUGCAUUAAAAUAUAAUUUUAGUCUAUAUAUAU